CUCCGACUUGUAUCUGGCGCUGGUUCGGGUACUCUCUUCCAUGCUCUCUUCGCGAAGCAGCCGAAGCGCCGGCGAAAUGGUCAAAUACAAGCCGAAAGCCCGUCGAAGGGGCCGAGUGUGUGUGGCUGGUGUGAUGAUAGUUGCGCUUUGAUGAGUGAAAAGUGCCUGUAAACAUUUCCGAAGAUGAGGCGCGCAAUCUCCAAGUGAACUGAAGAAUCUUUCGACGGUGUUGUCAUUUCCGAUCGGCGCCGAAAAGCUGUAACGUACAGCUUGAGCGGGAGCCGUGCGGUCAAACGUCACAGUGCGUCUCAGCUGUGAUGGGAGGACGUUGACUGAAAUUGCGCAGGGCCCAGGGUAGAGAACCAUGGCAGCCAGGCGUCGUCUCAUCGACAUCGGUGCCAACCUGACAGACCCUAUGUUCCGUGGCCUGUACAACGGGUCACGCAAGCACCCUGAUGACUUCGACCAAGUGUUGCAGAGGGCACAAGCCAACGGAGUGCAUAGGAUACUGGUGACGGGAGGCAGCCUGGAGGACAGCCGUCAAGCUCUGGAGCUGGCUAGCGCCCACGGGGGCCUGCUGUGGAGCACGGUCGGCUGCCACCCAACCAGGUGUGGGGAAUUUGAGGGUCCACAUGGUCCACCUGACCGCUACCUGGAGCAGCUGUCAGGGCUGGUGAGGCAGGGUGCCGGCAGGGUGGCUGCCCUGGGCGAGAUGGGACUCGACUAUGAGCGGCUGCAGUUCUGUGACCGUGAGACGCAGCUACGCUACCUGGAGCUGCAGCUUCAGUUGGUGCGCCCCAGCGGAGGCCUGCCACUGUUCCUGCACUGUCGCAAGGCCGCACCCGACCUGCUGGACGUUCUCAGUCGCAACAGGGGCCUCUUCACCGGUGCCGUGGUGCAUUCAUUUGACGGCAGCAAAGAAGAGGCAGCUGCGUUCCUGGACUUGGGCCUCUUCAUUGGCAUCAAUGGCUGCUCCCUCAAGACUGCCGAGAACCUGGCGGUGGCUGCCACUAUCCCCAGGGAACGACUCCUCAUUGAGACAGAUUGCCCGUGGUGCGAGAUCCGUCCCACACAUGCUGGAGCCAAGCUGAUCCGAACAUCAUUUCCGGCCAAAAAGAAGGAGCGAUUUGAGGCCGGAUUUAUGGUCAAAGGCCGCAACGAACCUGCAAACCUUGUGCAAGUGCUGGAAGUCUUGGCAGGUAUCCGUGGGGAAGAUCCUGAUGCCCUGGCUAAACAAGUGCACAUCAACACCUGCCGCCUCUUCUUUCCUGGUGAGGAGGAACUGGUGGCCAGUGACCCAGCACAGUUCCUUCAGUAAAAGUGAAUGAGCUGUGAUGAAGACAACGCAGGGGAAACUGUGUUUUGUCAGAUAAAUAUGUCUAUGCAAACACUUCACAA